UUAUAAUGAAAAUAUUAUGGGAGCACUUUUAACUGGGAUAGUUAAUACAGGAAGUAAAGUAAGGAAUAAUUGACGACGGGCCAUUGAAUUAUAAGAAAAUAAUACACACCAAGGUGGUAAUGCAGCACGACGCGAAGCGUCCACGGGUCUGUUGAAUGCUGCAUUCUGAUUGGCUGAGAAAUGUUCUAGGGGUGUUGAUUAUUUUUCUGUGAACCGCACACCUUACUUGUCAAAUGUCUUACAAAUAGUGCCGCAUUACCACCUUGGUGUGCAUUAUUUUCUUAUAAUUCAAUGGCCCGUUGUCAAUUAUUCCUUACAUAUAUGUAUUUUUGCAUGUGAAAUUAGAAAGUCUCGCUCUGAAGAUCUCCUUUAGGGUUUGUUGCCGGGGAGAAGCAGACAGGAGGAAGUAUGGAGAUACCGAACAUGCCAGAUAAGCUUCUCUGCUGCAGACAAUAAAACAACUGAACACAGAAGACAACACUAAAGCAAGAAUGUUUGGUCUUUUCUUUGUAAUCUGUCUGCUUGUGAUCCCAGGAAUGUGUAGCCAAAACUGGACAGUGAAAUACUCACACAGAUUAAAAUGUGCCCUGAAGGGCUCAACCACACUUCUGUUCAGCAAUUUCACAUAUCCUGAUGGUCUCAAUAUAAUCAAGAUAUUUUGGACCAUAGAUCCAGUAAAAGAUAAGGAGACGCCCGAUCUGUCUGAAGUACCAGAAUAUAAAGACAGAGUUGAGUACAUUCUGGAUAAGGAACAAAACUUCGUUCUCAAACUGAGUAAUGUAACAGAUGAGGAUGAACAUAUGUACUGUAUCAGAAUCAUAACCAAUGUAGGAAAACAACAAUAUUUGGGUCAUCCUGGAGUUAAGCUGAAAGUGACAGAGCUCAGAGUUGAGGUUCACAAUGAGGGAAAUUCUGCAGUUUUAUUUUGUAAAACCACAUGCAACCUUCCAAGAAGCAAAAGAUAUAUCUGGUACAAAAACAAAAGUCCUUUUUCAGAAUCAUUCAUUAGUAAUAAACUGAUACUGCAGCCUGUGAGCAGUGAUGAUGAAGGAAACUACAGCUGUGCCAUAAGAGGAGAUAAACAUCUGAAAUCUCCAGCUGUCACACUAAGGAUUAUUACAGAGAGCCUGGCUGUGAGUAAGGUUACAGAGGGAGUGAUACUGGCUGUCGUCAUCACAUCUGUAUCUGUGAUCAUUUUGGUUUUCUUGGUGCUUGUAGGGAUCCGUAUCAGAAGGAAAAGAGCGACAUCAGACGUUCAAAACAACACAAAUCUACAGCACCAUAUGACGAUGAAGUCUUCUGAAGAGACUUAUGUGACCCUUGACCCCAAGACAACGAGUGCUGAUUAUGACACACUGGAUAAUGUGAGGAAACCCGCUGAUAACAGAUAACCCUGAAAGCACACAGUUCUGCCGGAGUGAACAGAAUCCCAGCUAACAGAAAAAAGUAAAAAAAAGGACAAAAAUAUCCGCUGUAUAAUUGGGAUGGACAAAC